AGAAUGGAAGAGAAGAGGCAAGCUCCCAUUAACUGAUCGAGUGACCCUUUCAUCAACCCAAGGUUCCGAGCACUCGAAAGACACGGUAGAAGAUGAAGCUAAGCAGUGGCAAAUGCUUUGCUUUGCUCCUCUUCUUUGUGGCCGGGGCCAUCGAAAUGGGAGGGGCAUCAGCCCAGGACAUAAUGGGCUGCCCAAGCAAUAGGAGUCCAUGCUUUUGGAGGCUGUUCCCGUGCCCGGCGGAGUGCCCGGCCAUCCAACCCAAAAACCCCAAAGCCAAGAGAUGCACCAUCGACUGUGACUCACCCAUUUGCCAAACCGUCUGCAUUAGUCCCAAACCUAGCUGCAAUGGAAUAGGAUCCGGCUGCGGCGACCCUCGCUUCGUUGGCGGCGACGGCGUCGUGUUCUACUUCCACGGGAGGAAAGGCGAGCACUUCAGCCUCGUCUCCGAUCCCGGCCUCCAGAUUAACGCCCGCUUUGCUGGUCUCCGGCCGGCCGGAAGGACCCGGGACUUCACUUGGAUUCAAGCGCUCGGAGUCACGUUCGGUUCUCAUGCCUUCACCAUUGAAGCAACUCGAGCCGCGCAGUGGGAUGACGCCGUCGACCACCUCAACUUCACCUGCGAUGGCGACCUCUUGCAGGUCCCAGAAGGCCACCUCUCUAGCUGGAAGUCGUAUGAUGGCAAGCUAAUGGUGGAGAGGAUUGGAAGCAGAAACAGUGUUAGGAUCACGCUCAAGGAAAUGGCCGAGGUGUCCCUGAAUGUGGUUCCUGUCACCAAGGAAGAUGAUAGGAUUCACCACUACCAGAUACGGUCCGACGACUGCUUUGUACACUUGGAGGUGCAGUUCAGAUUCUUCGGGCUAUCGCCGGACGUGGAAGGAGUGCUCGGACGAACAUAUCGUCCAGACUACAAGAAUGCAGCCAAGUUAGGAGUAGCAAUUGCGGUGGUUGGCGGAGGAGGACGAGUACAGAACAUCAUCACUCCUGUCACCGGAUUGUAAGCGCUGCUUGUUUUCUCCAAGGAAGAUGCCUAAGUGGCCGGCCGCGUACGUGAUUUAAUUUUUCCCGAGAGUUUAACGUUACCUGUUGAAAUCCACAAUAAGUAAAGGGGAUUGAAUCGCAAAAGCAUGAAACCAUUUUUUGUAAUAGCUAACAGUACAAUUACAUCUACGUAUCUACGUACAGGUAUGUAAUAAUAGCCUCGCUUGGGAGUUGGUAAGAUGGUGUUCAAGAAGUUUCGCA